AAAGCAUUCGUUGAAAUAUUCCAGUGCAGACGUUCUGCAAAAAGCAAACUAGCAAUGCAGUUAGCACCUGUAGGCAGGCAAAAGUGUCCUGAUCUUCACCAGCUCUUGGAAUUACGUAGCUAAGCCACAGUACAUGUGAAGCCUUUAAUUAUUGCCAUAAAUGUAUUUUGCAAUACCUGCUCUUCUGAGAAACAGAUGCCGUGAGGCUCAGUACGGGGAUACCUUUGAUGGUCUGUGAUCUAUGGAUGGGACUUGGUGAAUGGGUGUUCCUCUGGCUGGAGUCGUGGCAUGGCUGCCCUAGCCAUUUCUGGGGAAGUGUCUGGAAUGCUGUAUCUUGCAGGGAAAUAUAUUAUUGUAUCACUGGCCUUUAUGAGGUAGCUGGGGGCAGACAUGCCCGCCCCCAUGCUGCACACCCCCUGCACCUGGCAACGGUGACCAGCCUUUAAAAGGCUGAAAACACUGAAAAAAACAGAAGAACGCUGCCAGUGAGCUGCUCUGGGGAACCAUCAGCUCUGCGAGGAAUGUUUGACCCCAGCGUUUUGGAUGUCCCAGCGGUCAUCUUUGACAAUGGGUCUGGAUUGUGCAAGGCGGGGAUCGCAGGUGACAGUGGCCCCAGGUCUGUUAUCACAUCGAUCGUUGGUCGCUCAAGAGUCAAAUCUGCAAUGCUGGGAGCUGGGAUGAAAGAAUACUACGUAGGAGAAGAAGCUCAGUCCAAAAGAGGGAUCCUGACUUUGAAUUAUCCGAUUGACCACGGCAUAGUUACAUCCUGGGAUGACAUGGAAAGGAUCUGGAGACACGUCUAUGACUAUGAGCUGAGAGUGAAAGCCAGCGAAAGACCCGUGCUGCUAACAGAACCCCCCCUCAACCCUCUGCAGAACCGAGAAAGAAUGACGGAGAUCAUGUUUGAGGGCUUCAUGGUGCCCGCCAUGUACGUCGCCAUCCAGGCCGCGCUGGCCCUCUACGCGUCAGCCCGCACCACCGGCAUAGUGCUGGACAGCGGGGAUGGCGUCACCCACACUGUCCCCAUCUACGAAGGGUACUGCCUGCCCCAUGCUGUCUCCAGGCUGGAUAUCGCUGGCCGGGAUAUCACUGAGUAUUUUAUGAGGCUCCUUCUGGAGAGCGGCUACUCCUUUGUUAGCACCGCUGAAAGGGAAAUUGUGAAAGAUAUCAAAGAGAAGCUGUGCUAUGUGGCUUUAGACCCCGCUCUAGAAAUGAAAGCAAGUCCAGAAGAGCGCAUGAAGGAAUACAGAUUACCUGACAGCAACAUCAUUCAUAUAGGCAGCCAGCUCUUUCGUGCACCAGAGACCCUUUUCGUACCUGCCAACAUUGGCAUGGAAGCACCCGGCGUGCACAAAAUGCUCUUCAACAGCAUCACAAAGUGCGACAUCGAUGUGCGCAGGGAUCUGUACGGCAACGUCCUGCUCUCGGGCGGCUCCACGCUCUUCCCCGGCCUGGAGGAGCGCAUCCUGAAGGAGAUGCACCUGCAAGUGCCUUUGGGCAUGCUCGUGAAAAUCAUCGCUCCCCCCGAGAGAAAGUACAGCGUGUGGGUCGGGGCCUCCAUCCUCUCCUGCCUGACCUCCUUCAAACCCAUGUGGAUCACCGUGAGGGACUACGGGGAUUUUGGGGCGGCUGUCGUCCACCGGAAAUGCUGUUAAGGAGAACAUCAGACCGAGUGGCUGUCUAUAGCAAAGCACGAGCAACGAGCCCUGACGAGGGCUGACUGAGCAGAAGGGGGCUACAGCUGCUGUGCAUUUCCUGGCUGACAAAACCUUUAUGGAAAUAUAACAUGAAAUCAUUGGUAACUGGGGAUUUGACUCCUCUUACUGCUUAUUUCCUCCAAGGGGAGCAUUGCGUCUUCCUGCCUCCCUUGUUCCACUGCUUUGUCUGCAUCCUUGCUUCCAAACCUCUGCCUUGUGGCUUUUCUCUCCUCUGUGGAUGGGACAAACAGGUUUUCAAGGCUUUAGAGUAUCGGGUCCCAGAGGGAUUCCUACAAAGACCAUAGCCCCGGGACUGGUGCUUCCCUCAACACUUCCUUGAGCAGCUUCAGGUGCAUGUGGAUGAGCACUCCAGUGAGUGAUACAAUUUCGCACCACUUAUGCUUUCAUAAUGGAAAGCUGCUUAUCUGCCUCGCCGUCCCUUCCCUUUCCUUUCCACACAGUCACAGGGAUGCAGUGGUUCCCAACUCCCAACUCCCAUGGGGAGCAGCACACCUCCUCUGCGGGGGGUUCUUCCCUCUGAGCUCUUUGCAAUAUCUGGGUUUUUCUAUUCUAAAGCUAGAUCGCAUGUUAUUUCUAACCUCAUUAAAAAUGCUUCCUUUCGAAGCCCAGCAAACCCCCAAACAGAAUCCAAAUAUAAAUCAAUGCAAAUGCAAUUACUGUAGCCGACCCUCCUCUGUGCCUGAGGGCCUGAAAAAAAUCAUUGAUUCUCUGCCGUAAU